AUGGCGCUGAAGUGGAUUAAUAAGGAACUUAGUGAUUUGGUCCGGAACCAUCCAGCACGACGUUAUGCAGGCCCAGUUGGGGAUGAUAUGUUCUAUUGGCAAGCCACAAUUAUGGGACCUUUGUAUGGGCUAUACCAAGGCGGUGUAUUCUUUUUAACAAUUCAUUUUUCUACAGACUACUCCUUCAAAUCACCUAAGGUUUCAUUUACAACAAGAAUUUAUCAUCCAAAUAUUAACAGUAAUGGCAGCAUUUAUCUCUAUAAUCUAAGAUCACAGUGGUCUUCUGCUUUAACUAUUUCAAAGUUCUGUUUAUCCAUUUGCUCACUGCUAUGUGAUCCAAACCCAGAUGACCUCCUACUACCAGAGAUUGCACAGCUCUAUAAAACAGACAGAGACAAGUACAACAGAAUAUCUUGA